AUGGCGGGUCUCUUCGAGGCACCACGAAAUGCAGGGACACUAUUCUUGGGUGGUUCGAAGAUAUCAGGCUCGGAUGUAAGGGAUCAAUGCGUCCUGGCCACUGGUCAAAUAGCAAAUGUGGUCAAGAGCUCUUUUGGUCCUUCGGGUCUGGACAAAAUGAUGGUGGACGAUAUUGGCGAUGUGACAGUAACAAAUGACGGCGCAACUAUUUUGAGCCUUCUGGACGUCGAACAUCCUGCUGGCAAGAUUCUGGUCGAUUUGGCACAGCAGCAAGACAAAGAAGUAGGAGAUGGCACAACCUCAGUCGUCCUAAUAGCAGCAGAACUGCUUCGAAGAGCGAACGAGCUAAUGAAGAACCGAAUACACCCUACCGUCAUCAUAACAGGAUAUCGCUUAGCAUUAAGAGAAGCCGUCAAGUAUAUGCAGCAAAAUAUCAGUACCCAUAUCAGUGAACUUGGCCGCGAACCUCUUGUCAAUAUUGCCAAAACCUCAAUGUCCAGCAAAAUUAUUGGCUCAGACGCUGACUUCUUCGCCAACAUGGUCGUUGACGCCAUGCUUUCGGUCAAAUCGACAAACCGCGAGCGACCCUCAGAACCUGCGAAGUACCCUGUCAAGGCUGUGAAUAUCCUGAAAGCACAUGGCAAAUCUGCUACAGAAUCUAUGCUCAUCAAAGGAUACGCUCUCAACUGCACGGUUGCCUCCCAGGCCAUGAAGACAAGAAUAACAGAUGCCAAAAUUGCUGUAUUAGACAUGAACCUACAGAAAGAAAGAAUGAAACUAGGCGUUCAAAUCACCGUCGAAGACCCUCAGCAACUCGAAAAGAUCCGCGAACGUGAAGCAGGUAUCGUCCUCGAGCGAGUAGAGAUGAUCCUCAAAUCCGGAGCCAAUGUCGUUCUUACCACCAAGGGCAUCGACGACAUGUGCUUGAAACUCUUCAUCGAGCGUGGUGCCAUGGCCGUUCGCCGCUGCAAAAAGGAAGACCUCCGCCGCAUCGCCAAAGCAACCGGUGCCACCCUAAUAUCAACUCUCUCCGACCUCUACGGCGACGAGAAAUUCGAAGCCUCCUCCCUCGGCCACGCCGAAGAAGUCGUUCAAGAACGCAUCUCCGACGACGAAUGCAUCCUCGUCAAAGGCACAAAAUCCUUCUCCUCCGCCUCCAUCAUCCUCCGCGGCAGCAACGAUUACCAACUCGACGAAAUGGAACGCUCGGUCCACGACUCCCUCUCAGCCGUCAAACGCACACUUGAAUCCGGCAGCGUCGUCCCUGGUGGCGGCGCUGUCGAAACCGCCCUCCACAUGUGGCUCGAAGAAUACGCCCUAACCAUCGCCUCACGCGAACAACUCGCAGUCGGCGAAUUCAGCCAAUCCCUCCUUGUCGUCCCCAAGACCCUCGCCGUCAACGCAGCCCUCGACUCCUCAGAAUUAGUCGCUCAGCUACGCAUCCGCCACGCCGUCGCUCAGCGCGUCCAGGAAGGCGACGUCAACGUCCCUGAAAAGGAUAAAGAUAUUGCGCGAAAACGCAGCUAUCGGACUUAUGGCCUGAACUUGAGAGAGGGCAAGGUCGCGGAUAUGGUCAAGUUGGGUGUGCUGGAGCCGAGUAUGAGUAAGAUUCGGCAGUUGAAGAGUGCUGUUGAGGCUUGUGUGAGUAUCAUGAGGAUAGAUACGAUGAUUAGACUGGAUCCGCCGCAGCAGCAGGAGGAUCCACAUGAUCAUUAA